AUCAGUGGCGAUAAAGACAUGGAUAGUGAUAGUCCGCCGUUAGCAUCCGCUCUCAAGAAGAGAAAUAGUCCUCCAAUCUGCUGGGCCCUCGGCCUUAACAAGGACACUUUCAAGACUGUCAAAGUGAUCUUACUGGGCCAACCAGGCGUUGGCAAGUCAGCUUUAGCCGUGCGAUUCGCCACAAAACGCUUCAUAGGCGAAUACGAUUGCACCACGGACAGAAUCUAUCGAGUCGACAAUCAUCUGGGAUCUUCGUGGGAAAUAGCGGAUCCUCCCGGAAAUCCACCCGCCUCCGUCGAGCCAAAAUUACGAUGGGCCGACGUGAUAGUUAUCGUUUAUUCGGUAACGGACCGGGUCAGCUUCGAUGAAACUUCUCGUCUGAGGUUUUUGGUAUCACACGCGAGAAGAGGCAGAAAGGUGCCACCGGUCGUGCUGCUUGUGGGAAACAAGGCCGAUCUCUCCUGCUCUCCGGGUGAACGCAUGGUAUCUGCCCUAGAAGGCCAGAAAAGGGCAAAAGAAAUCGAGGCUCAUGCUUUCCACGAGAUUUCCGUAAGGGAAUCGGUUGAUCAGGUCACGGCCGUAUUCAUGAAUAUAUUAAGAUUGCUGACCGAAUUACACAGCAGUCAUCAGACAUCUUUUAGACUGAGAGCAUCCACAGACGGAACCAUAAAUACUCUCCGUCGACCGUCACCUCCUCCAUUGAGAAGAAGAUUUAGCAUCUCUGCUCGCGGAAAUUUACUAUAAUCGUUAGAUUAAAUCCAAGAUUAAAUAAUAAUUUUAUUCUACUAAACAUCGAGAGAGAACACUGUACAAAAAGAUUAUAUUUUAACUGUUUAAUAAACCGAUAUUUGUAAGAAAAGUUACUUGUGUGUACGAAUUCACAGCAAUAUUUCGUACUUUCAUCUUUAUCUGCAAUAAUACGGACAAUGCCAGCAGUCCUAAAAUAUUUGUUUUAAAAGAAUCGUAAUGUAAUUGCG